AUGCCCACUUAUAAAGGACGAUGCGUGUGCGACACGCUCCAAUAUAGCGUUUCCAUGGACUCUCCCGACGCAGCGAGAACUUCGCUUUGCCAUUGUCUCAGCUGCCGCCGCGCCUUUGGCACCAACUACGGCCUCACAACCAAGAACUGCGGUGCCUUCAUCUGCGAAUAUGGGGAACAAGCCGCCGACAAGUUUCGCUACGUCAUGUGGGGAACGUUUGACCAGCCAGACUCGUUUCCGCCCAAGGGCGAAUUUUUCUGCGAGGAUAGGACGGGUUGGAUGCCGGAGAUUCCUGACAUCUUCCACAAGGCGGAAAUCAAGGAGUAG